CAACUCUUCUUCCUUCUCUCAGUUCUGAGUUCUGACAGGAAAAAACACCUGACCCGUGAAAGCAGUUACCUAAAACAUUGUACAAACCAUACUUCUUUCAUCACUCAAAUCACUUUCUCACACAAGCGAUACAACAAAACUCUUUCAUUCUUCUUUCUUCUUCAUUCUACAACCACUCUCACUUGACUUUUCUGCACAUUCUUUGCAACAAAAAUUACUCCCCUUCUCUCAACUUUUGUCUUUUUUUCACUCUAACCCCACAUUCAUAAGCCUUUUCUUGAGCUCUGUUUCUUUGGUUCUAGUGAUACAAUCCUGUAUUGUGUUUCAAUGGUAAAGUUCAUUUUUUUCCCCUUAAAUUGGUGGAUUUCUGAAAUGGGCUUUGUUUAAAAGUGCAUUUCCUUGUGGAUUUAAAAAGUUUUAGUCUUUUUUGGCUUCAUACACUCAUUACUGUCAAUGGGGUGGAGUAGAGCAGUUAUUGUUGUAAAAAAUUGAGGAAAGUUUGAAUUUUUCUCCUCUUGGACUCAUGGUUUCUUGAUUAUUCAUUUUGUUCUCUUAGUUCUUUAUUUGGUUCCUGAGCGGGACUGAAGAAAGAGAUAUUUCUGUUGCUCCAGCAGCCCAAAAUGGAAUUUUUAACUCUAGUAACUGCUAUACUUUUUGGGUUGCUAUCAAGUUCCCGACUCAUAACUGCUCAAGUUGUUGAUGAUCAUGCUAUUUUGCUAGAAAUUGCAAAAGAGUUUAGUUUGUCUUCCUGGAAUGUAAACCAGUCAGAUUUCUGUUCUUGGCCUGGUGUUGGUUGCAGCUCUAACCAAUCUAUGGUGGAGAGGCUUGAUCUUUCUCGCCAUGGGUUGCAAGGUAAUGUGACUCUAAUUUCUGAGCUUAGAGCAUUGAAAUGGCUUGACCUGUCUUCUAAUAAUUUCCAUGGAUCAAUCCCACAAGCAUUUGGGAAUUUAUCGCUGCUUGAAGUUCUUGAUUUAUCAUUUAACAAGUUUGAGAGCUCAGUUCCUGUAGAACUGGGCAGGCUCAAGAACCUUAGGUCAUUGAACUUGUCAAAUAAUUAUUUAAGCGGGGUCAUACCUGAUGAGCUUGAGGGGUUGGAAAAGCUGCAAGAGUUUCAGAUAUAUACUAACAGGCUGAAUGGUUCCAUCCCUCGGUGGGUUGGAAAUUUAACCAAUUUGAGAUCUUUUACUGCUUAUGAGAAUGGAUUAAGUGGUAAUAUUCCAGAUAAUCUGGGCUCAGUUUCUGAACUUCAGCUGUUGAACCUCCACUCUAAUCAGCUAGAAGGGCCCGUACCUGAGAGCAUUUUUGCUAUGGAAAAAUUGGAGGUUUUGGUUUUGACACAAAACAAGCUGACUGGCAGUAUUCCUCCAUCAGUUGGCAAUUGCAAAGGCCUUUCUAGUAUUAGAAUUGGGAAUAAUGAGUUAAUAGGUAACAUUCCCAGAGAGAUUGGUAAUAUUACUGGCCUUACAUACUUUGAAGCUGAUAAUAAUAAUCUCUCUGGAGAGAUAGUUUCUGAAUUUGCACAAUGCUCUAAUCUCACUCUCCUUAAUUUGGCCUCAAAUGGUUUUAGUGGUAUCAUCCCUCCAGAAUUUGGUCAACUUAGCAAUUUGCAGGAGUUGAUUCUUUCUGGAAAUAGCCUAUUUGGAGAGAUUCCGAUAACUGUUCUAACUUGCAAGAAUCUGAACAAGCUUGACUUAAGCAGCAACAGACUCAAUGGCACUAUACCACAAGAGAUCUGCAGUACUUCCAGGCUGCAAUACUUGCUACUGAGUCAGAAUUUUGUUAGAGGGGAGAUACCUCAUGAGAUUGGAAAUUGCAUUAAGCUGCUUGAAUUGCAGAUGGGCAGUAACUAUAUGACUGGAAGUAUUCCUCCUGAGAUCGGUCACAUGAAGAACUUGCAGAUUGCGUUGAAUUUGAGCUUCAAUCAUCUUCGUGGAUUGUUGCCCCAAGAGUUGGGAAGACUCGACAAGCUGGUGGCUCUGGAUCUUUCAAAUAAUCAGCUUUCCGGGAAUAUUCCAGCUGCACUGAAGGGCAUGCUGAGUUUGAUAGAGGUUGAUUUUUCAAACAAUCAGCUGACUGGACCAAUACCAACCUUUGUGCCAUUUCAAAAAAGCCCAAAUUCAAGCUUUUUUGGGAACAAAGCUCUCUGUGGCGAGCCGUUGAGUCCUUCCUGUGGAAAUUCGAAUGGGUCUGGUAAUGUGAAUUAUCAUCACAAGGUUUCUUACAGGAUCAUAUUGGCUGUUAUUGGUUCUGGUUUGGCUGUUUUUGCAUCUGUGACCGUUGUUGUAUUGCUCUAUAUGAUGAGGGAGAGGCAAGAGGAAGCUGCCAAAGGUGGUGUAACUGCUGAUGAUGAAACCACUGGCAAACCAGUCAUAAUAGCAGGGAAUGUUUUCAUUGAAAACCUUAGGCAAGCCAUAGAUUUUGAUGCAGCAGUGAAGGCGACCAUGAAAGAAUCAAAUAAACUUAGCAUUGGCACUUUUAGCACCGUUUACAGAGCAGACAUGCCAUCUGGAAUGAUUCUGUCUGUUAAGAAGUUGAGAUCAAUGGACAGAACGUUGAUUCAUCACCAGAGCAAAAUGAUUAGAGAGGUUGAAAGGCUGAGUAAACUCACCCACGCCAAUCUGAUAAGGCCUAUUGGGUUCAUAAUCUAUGAAGAUGUUGCACUUCUGCUACAUCAAUACUACCUGAAUGGGACAUUGGCAGAGUUUCUGCAUGAAUCUUCUAAGAAACAUGAAUAUAAACCUGACUGGCCAACAAGACUCUCCAUUGCCAUUGGAGUAGCAGAAGGCUUAGCAUUUUUGCAUCAUGUCGCAAUUAUUCACCUUGACAUUUCUUCAGGUAAUGUUCUUUUAGAUUCCAAUUUUAACCCGUUGGUUGGUGAAAUCGAAAUAUCAAAGCUCUUAGACCCAUCAAGAGGGACCGCAAGCAUCAGCGCUGUUGCAGGUUCAUUUGGAUAUAUUCCCCCAGAAUAUGCAUAUACCAUGCAAGUUACAGCACCUGGAAAUGUUUACAGCUAUGGGGUAGUUUUGCUUGAGAUCCUUACUACCCGAUUACCAGUAGAUGAAGAAUUUGGUGAAGGUGUAGAUUUGGUGAAGUGGGUUCAGGGAGCACCUUUAAGAGGUGAAACACCAGAGCAGAUACUUGAUGCAAAGCUUAGUACCGUCUCAUUUGCUUGGAGAAAAGAAAUGCUUGCAGCAUUGAAAGUUGCUUUGCUCUGUACAGACAGUACGCCAGCGAAACGACCAAAGAUGAAGAAGGUGGUUGAAAUGCUUCAAGAAAUAACAGAAUAACUGCACAGCACAGAAUUCUGUUUAUUCAGAAAUGGUUUUUCGUCUCUUCCCUCUAAAUCAGGAAUCCUCGAGUCACAUUUGAAAAGACACCACGCCAAAUAUUAUCUGCUAUUUGAAAUUUAUCAUCACUGGAGAAGGGGAGAGAUUCUGUACAUGUGUUGGUGUAGCUUCUGUUAAUGGUAAUCUGCUCCUCUGUCUAGCAUUAAAGAGCUUAAGAGGAACUCAGCUAUGUAACCUUAUCCACAUCGAGGAGAAAAGUAAAAGCCUGCAGAAGAAUUAGAUGGAGGAUAAAACCAAAAGCCUUCCUCCACUCCAAUUAUGGUAGUUUUGUACUCUAUCAUGUAUCAGGUGUUCAAUUACAUGGAUGAGAUCUUUGUUCGAAGAUGCUCUUCAUUUCUGUCCAGAGAACUGUUUCUCUGCAUGGUUAGCAGUAUUCAGUUAUCACUCUUCCCCUCUUAAAAGAAGUCAUUCUUCUGUAUAAUCUUGGUGAUGAUACCUUUCUUUAGCUUCUAUCUUCUCGUUGAGAAAGAAUGUAAUUUGCGAAUGCACUAUGACUUAAAAAUGUUCUUGUUGAGAUGCUACAA